GCACGUCGAGCACAACUAGCGAGCAGCUUAUGGGAGAGCUAAGGCGGUCCCUGCGUGCUCGUGGGCUGUGGUUGGGUGUGUUGGUGCGCAGGUGUGCUUGUGGUCGCGGGUGCCAAACGAUAUGGCAGAAAGCCCCUCCGCUACCACACCGCCCGUGGAGGAGGUCCCAGAUCCUCGCUCAAGGCAGAUCUCCGUCCAUAUAUGAUUGCGGUCAAGGCCCCUUCACAAACUUGGCCCAGUGCAGCAAGGCAUACCCAAGGUUCGUCUGAUAGACUCUUGCCUCAACUAAAGCAUUAGAAGCGCCUGCUUGGCAUGUGAUAACCUGAAGUUGCAUCUACUCAAGUCUGCGGAGUGACUUGCAAAAGCCUUAUUAACCAUAAGCCGUUCGGAUACCGACCGAGGAUUUUUGGCGGCGUAGAGGAUACCAAUCAGACCAU